GACGCCUCCGCUGGCGCCGCGGCGACCCGCCAGUUCCUCUCGUUGCCGAAGAGCGCCGCGGCCGCCGCUGCAGGGCCGAGCCGCCAAGAGGUUGCUUCGUCGACGCUGCCGGACUCGUUCCCGCUGCCUGGGGAGCCGAGGACGGCGGAGCCGCUCGUGGUGUCAAGCAAGCCACAGCGGCCCAUCGACGCCAGCAGCAGCAGCGAGUCGAGCGACGUCUUGCCGCUGGCAACCCGCGUCAAGCGCCGCAGGGCGGAGGGCGGUGGCAUCGCCUCGGGCGGAUCGGCAGCUGCUGCAAGCGGUGCCCGUGAUGGCUUGGAGGGCGGUGGCAUCGCCUCGAGUGGAGUCAGCGUGGGUGAGUCACCCGUUCAGGCCGUCUCGGCGGAGGGAGGAGUGGCUGCCGCGGCGGAGGGGGCAGGCUUCUCGUGGCCCCACGAUGCUCAGCCGCCCUUCGGCGCGAGCCAGGAGGCGCUUGGGAUGACGCCAGUGCCGCCGCCCGUGACGCACAGCCAGCAGGAGCCCAUGAGCAGCCAGCAAGCGGCCUUGGAGAGGGAGGCGGUGGUGUCCCAGGCGAACGCGCGGCGCCAGCAGGAGACGGCGGCGGCGGCGCAUGUGCCCCCAGCGCAGGAGGCCGGCGACCGCGACGCGGACGGCGACGCGAUCCCUGCUUCGCAGCCGCGCAGAGAGGACGGGCCGGCCGCCUCCUUCGACGAGCAGGCGUUCGAGAAGCGCCUGCAGGAGGCGGCUCAG